CCUGGGGGCUUCCCCGGGCCCCAGCCCCGGCCUAGAACCCGCCUGCUGCCUGCCACGCUGCCACUGCCGCUUCCUCUAUAAAGGGACCCAAGCGUCCGGGGCCAGGGGCCCCACACAGCAGGUUCUCCCCAUGACACCACCUGGACGUCUCUAUCUCCUGAGGGUGUGUGGCACCCCCCUCCUCCUCCUCCUUCUGGGGCUGCUGCUGGCCCUGCCGCCUGAGGCCCAGGGGCUCCCUGGUAUUGGCUUCUCACCCUCAGCUGCCCGGAUUGCCCAUCAGCACCCCCAGAAGCACUUCGCACAGGGCACCCUCAAACCUGCCGCUCACCUUGUUGGAGACCCCGGCUCCCAGAACUCGCUGCGCUGGAGAGCAAACACGGAUCGUGCCUUCCUCCGCCAUGGCUUCUCUUUGAGCAACAAUUCCCUCCUGGUCCCCACCAGUGGCCUCUACUUCGUCUACUCCCAGGUGGUCUUCUCCGGGGAAGGCUGCUUCCCCAAGGCCACCCCCAACCCUCUCUACCUGGCCCAUGAGGUCCAGCUCUUCUCCUCCCAGUACCCCUUCCACGUGUCUCUCCUCAGCGCUCAGAAGUCCGUGUGCCCAGGGCCUCAGGGACCGUGGGUGCACUCGGUGUACCAAGGAGCUGUGUUCCUGCUCAGCCAGGGAGACCAGCUCUCCACUCACACAGAUGGCAUUUACCAUCUGCUCCUCAGUCCCACUAGUGUCUUCUUUGGAGCCUUUGCUCUGUAGAAAAUCCAGAAAGCAAAAAUUGGUUUCAAGGCCUUCUCCCCAUUUUGCCUCCAUCUUGACCAUUUCAAGGGUCACCACACCGUUCCUUUGACCAUUCCAACAGUCUCAAGUCUCCCCACUCACAUCGCCUGGAGCUUCCAAAGAAGGAUCCCAGGCAACCCAGGAGACCCACCUCCUGAACCGCCCAAAUGCUCAGCUGAGGACUUCAGGCUGCCUGAAGAUGCCCACCCAGAGUUCUUCCUCUGUGCUGCCAGUCCAGGGGGCCUAGCCCUGGACAUGCAGAGGGAGCAGACCUGUGGAGAGUUUGGGUGGAUGGCUUGAGGCAGGGAAGGGGAUUAUUUAUGAAGGAAAAAUUAAAUUAUUUAUUUAUGGAGAAUGGAGAGAAGAGAAUAAUAGAGGAACAUCAGAAAAGAGAGAUAAUGUGCCCAAGAGAUGAAGAUGAGAGGGCAUUGGCACAGAGAUGACCUAUCGAGAAAGAAAACUAGUGGGUCUGA